AUGUACAAGGUGUUUCCGGGCUUUGGUCGCACCAGCAAUCAGACAUAUGAUGCGCUGGACGAGGUGCGAAUGAACAAGGACAAGUCGAUGGUGCCCGUGUUGGUGGAGUCGAUGCGCUACCAGUCCACCGCGAAUGCGCGGGACGCUACGGCGUAUGUGCUGGGCGAACUUACGGGGCAGCGUUACGGCGGCGACGACUGGAAGGGGUGGAUGGAGUGGCUUGGCAAGCACCGUGACGAAUACCCGCCGCCCGAUGACUAUCUGGACUGGAAGAUAAACUUCAUGUCCCAACUCAACCCGCGCUUUUCCACGUUCCUGCGCCCCGCGCUCGAAGGCGACAUUACCGUUGACCCUACUGAGAUAGUCUGGGGCGGCGUGGACCCCGACGGAAUACCGGACAUCCGCGAUCCGAAGAUGCUGACGCCGGAUGAGGCCGAUUUCCUCAAUGAAGAUGAUCGGGUGUUUGGUGUGUCCAUCAACGGGGAUACGCGCGCCUAUCCGCUGCGUAUCAUCAACGCUCACGAGAUGGUGAACGACACGGUGGGCGGUGAACCGAUUUCGCUAGCGUGGUGA